AGAGACUAAAGUGUUAAAAUAACUUCAAAUCAUUUAAUGAGAAUACUUUGAACUGUAAUAUGGUUUUGUUUCUAAAAAUUCACAUCUGACACUAUAUAUUUAAACACAGAUUAGAUGUUAUCAGUUUGUAUAUGACAAUUAAAUCGGAAUGUCAUUUAUUUUAAAGUUAUUCAUCAUCCUACACUUCGGAAUUGGUUAUAUUUUGCUCUAUACAUACGAACUGAUUUCAAUAUUGUUGACAAAAUUCAAACCAACACUAAUGAACCCAAUUAGACAAUUAAGUCAAAAUGAUGCAUCAUGUAGAACUACUAACCUACCCGACAAUAAAAAGUUAUUUAGAUAUAAAUUGUAUUUAGAUUAUGCUGUAAAUUUGUUGAAAACUACUAAGAAAUCUAAUGUAAUGGAAGCUAUCGAAGUUAUUUUAUAUAUUUUAAAAGACAAUAAAUUGACCAAACUACAAACUGAUUGUUUAUAUCAUUUGGCCGUUGGUUUCUUAAAAUUAAAUGACUAUCAUAAUGCUACCAUCUAUUGUCAGUGUUUGUUAACCAUUGAACCAGAUAAUCAGAAAAUCAAGAAUCUGUUAUUGGAAAUCAAAUCACGCUCGUAUGAAGGUAUUCAGAAUAAUUCCGUCAUAGUGAAGCCUUCAACAUCGAAUUAAUUGCUGCUUUGACCAAUUUACAAGAAGCGAUACAUGAAACUGUAGUUGUUAGAAACAAACUGCUCAAUAUUAACCAAACAGAUAUAUGUAUAAGUUAACCAUCGAUUACUUUAAAGUAAAACACGUCAUAGAAGUUAAAUCAUUGAAUUGAAGUAUUCAGUAUUAUCGUUCAAAUUAUAAACUUUAAUACGUGAAUAAAUUUAAUUUUUGGAUUCCGAAUAAAGUUUGAUUGUUUCGCUAUUCUGGUAAACAAAAGAAUGCCGUGUAUGUGUAUGAAAGAAUGAAAUGUUUUAAUGAUGUUAGCUGAAAAAUGCGAAGUUAUUGGAUUGUUGGAAAUUAGUUAGGUGAACAAUGUGGCAACAGUUUAGACUGGGUACAAAGUUGUUUUGCUAACUGAGGUUAUUUAUUUAUUCAUGAAACUAUGAGAAUUUCAUGUAGGCGUUCAAGAUAUGUAUGCACCUAAUUCAUCAAUUAACAUUCAUUAUGUAUACUUCCGUUGAUACAUGAAGCUUAAAGAAUCAAUUGUUCUCUUGUGAGAAGGCCUGGUGAUGAAAUAAUUUCUGGCUAAAUAAACUGGGAUAAUUAGUCCCUGUAAUUGUUGAAUCUCGAUAAACGAUUCGAUUGGUCUACGUUGUUGUUCAAAUAAUGAAUGAUGGGGACUCCUUUAACAUGAUCAGGAGCCAAUGAGAACCCAAUAGUACGGCCAAUGACAUACAAAAAGGCUCCAACAAUUUUCCUCGAACAAUGAAACCGAAGUGUAUGACACGAUUGCAGAAAUAGCUUGGUAUUCUAGAAGUCAAAUCUGAAGUAGAACAACUCUGUAUUCAUAAAAAUACCUAUGACCUUUGAGACAUGCUAAAGGCAGUCAGCUAAAAUUAAUAGUAAGUGGUUAGUAAACAGCAAUGGUCGUGAAGAGAUUUGAAUAAAAACGUUGUUUGCGGUUAUCGUUACAACUAAGAUAGUAAUACUAUUGAUGAAAACUUCAUAAUUUAAGGGCCUACUACCAGUAAUUGAAGUUAUGAUCACAAAGAUCAUACUAAAUAGGUGAAAGAAAAUUUGAUUUUAUCAACCUUUGCUUGCUAACAUAUUGAUUUUGAAUUGCUGGAUAUACAAUAUACAAACAUUCCUAGUCUUUGAGUUCACCACAAAACGUUUACUCCGUGGAUAACUCUCUAUUUUCAUUUUCUUUAGAGUGUUUUAGGCCCUUUGAAAAUCUCUUUGAUUAUUAUGUAAACUCUGUUUUAUAAUCGGAUAAUUUUUAUUUUAUUCUUCUGAAUACCACAGGUAGCACAAAGCCAUAUGUAGUGGGGUUUGUUUAAGAGAUUCUGUAAACCUUACGAAACUGGUCACAUUCAAAAAGUGAAUAUUCUUCAUUACCAGAUUUAGCUUAAUUCUGCUGCAUUUUUAUUUAUAUAAAUACAGCACUUCAUGUUGAUAGAUUUAAUCAUAAAUAACAUGUCAUUCAUCUAUUCGUAGCUUUCUAUGGGUUGCAUUGAAUCAAAAUUU